ACCAAAUGCACGCCCUAGUUGAAUUUGCCCCCUCGAAUACAUUGACCAAUGAGGAAAACAUCUUACGCAAGAAGUUAGCCGAUAGUUUAUGUGGUUUUUUGAAGAGGGAGCCCCGCCAACAUCGGCUCCAAGACUCCCGAAUACUGCCGAGAACACCCGAAAGCAAUCGUACUCUCGUCGUGGCGAUGGCGUGCGACGUUUGACGCGUUGACUGUCCCUGAUUAUCCACCCCACAAUAUUCCAAUGUUUACGUAGUUUUUUAACCCCUGUAUGCCCUAAAUCGCGAAAAAACUGAGUGAAAACCGUUAUUGAAUACAUCUCUAAUGAAAAAUAAACAACAUGGCGGACAAAACCAAGUCGAUAAGUCACGUGAAACACGUUCCAAAGGACGCACAGGUUAUAAUGUCAAUUAUGAAGGAUAUGGGGAUUACAGAUUAUGAACCAAAAGUCAUCAAUCAACUCCUCGAAUUUACAUAUCGCUAUAUCACUUGUAUCCUCGACGACAGUAAAAUCUAUGCCAACCACGCCAAGAAAAAAUUCAUCGACCUGGAAGACGUAAGGCUAGCUGUGAAAAUGCAGCUAGAUCGCACAUUCACGAACCCACCUCCACGAGACGUUCUCCUGGACGUUGCCAAGUCGAAGAACAAUAUUCCUCUGCCAUUCGUCAAGCCCAAUAAUGGCCUUAGACUUCCUCCAGACCGUUACUGCCUCAACUCGGCGAAUUAUAGAGUGAAGAGUUUCACCAAAAAGCAAUCGACAAGCAAGGUACCUGCGCUUGUCGGAAAUAGCUUGAGUGGUUCGUCAAGGCUCAAGGGUGAUUCCAACAAGUCAAUGUCCAUUGUCAAAAGACCUGGAUCAACGUUGUCUACCAUUGCCCGGACUCAAACAAUUUCAAUACCAAAACCAGUCUUCAAAUUUACAACAGUUCCCAAACCGAUCCAGAGACUUUCCCUUCCCGAAAAUUCCAUCUACAAAUUCGUCGUGAGGAUCCAUCCUCGUUCUGCCUCUUCAGGAAAUACGUCGACAUCUUCAAAGGCUAAAAUCCCGAUGGGAACUGCCCAGGGUACGUCAGUUAUAAAGAUGGAAGUGGAGGAGAGUGGUAAAAGAAAGCGUGAGGACGAUGACUACGAUGUACCUUAAUUGUAUAUUUACAAUUUUACCCUUCCACGAUAUAUUUCAAAUGUUUUCAUUAGUCAUUUUAUCUCUUUUAUCGUUUUGAUUAAUCUUGUAUGAAGUAUUCAUUGAAGAAAAAUAAAAUAUUCAUUGUGUGAAUUUGUAA